AUGAGCGGUGGUGACAAGAUUGAGAAGACUGGUAUUCCAGCUUUCAACCUUGGCCACAAUACGCCACCGGACGGGAUACGUGUCCUGAAUAUUCACACCAUAGCUGAAACUACAGUGGAUGAGGUUGUUCAAGAAGCAGUCCAAGCAUUGACACAAGCCGUCGCUGGUGCAACGCAAUGGAUCACUGAUGCAGUGCGAGGCGAGCUUAUUUCUCAGGCGGUGAGUGCUAGUGGUGACAGUGGACUAGAAACGUUGAGUACUCAAGCUCUCAACCUCGGUGACAAUACACCACCCGAUAAUGUGCAGUUGUCGAGUAUUCACGCUGUAGCUAAAGCGACAGUUGACGAGAUCGUUCACGGAGUAGUGCAAGCAUUGACACAAGUUGAAACAUUGACAACGCAAUUGUUAGACCAAGAGCACGGUGAACUGAUCCAGCUUCCUGCUGAUAACCUGAUGCCAUCUCAAGUUGAAGAAACGAUACAACAAUUGGAUCGGACGCCAAGCGACACUAUCCACACUUUUGCGAAGGCCACAGUCGAUGCUGUGACAGACGAAGCGAUGAAAGAUAUCAUACAAGCUGUCGAAAGGGCCACCGAGUGGAUCUCUGAGGCUGUUGGAAAAGAGCUAGUCUCUGAUUGUCUUGACCCUAAAGAAGAUAUUGCACUCCACAACGCCACAGAUUGGAUCACUCAAGCUGUACGCAGUGAGCUAAUUGCCCAUGCUGUUGCUAAAGCUACACCAAGUGGUGACUCCAGUACUUCAGAGAUACAAGAAAUUGCUGAAACUUCAAAGGCUUCUUCUACCCUAGGAUGUGAAUCUAUCAUUGCCGAUCCACGCGAACUUGCAAAAUUAACUGCUGAUGAAGCAGUCACUAAAGCUUUGGAAAACGUCGCUCGAGCAAUGCUUGAUGCAAAUCAAUGUCCUACCGAAACGGUGAAUGGAGAACUGCACGCAAAUGCUGUAGUAGACAAUUCUCCGGAAGGUGAAACAGAUAUCGAUAUUGGAGACAACAAUUCUACCGAGGCCGAAGAAGCGCAACCUACGACUGAGGAGCCUGAUGCAUCAAGUCUCGUACCUGCUUUAAAAAUCCCUAACAUAGCAGGAGAAUCUUCAGAGGCUGCCUCCGAGAGUACCUUACCAGUAAUAAAGGAAAAUACGCUCCGUCAAGAGGCCCCACCUGACGAUGACGACGGAUAUGACGACUACACGCCUAUCAAUUCGCCCACAACGGAACAAGAACAGACGAAAACGCCAAUAGCAUCAACUCGAUCGCCAGAGCAGGACACGCAGGCUUUUCUACCAGUGAUUCUAUCUGGAAGAGCGACUCCACCCAAUACGAAGCCGACUCCAAGGUGA